AGCUUCAGUUGGUUCACUCCGUCUCUGAGCCUGUUGAUAUGCAGAUUACAGAUGGGUGAAACCAACAUGUGCUCAUGUUUCUGAGCUGACAGGAUCCAUUCACUGCAGAAACACAGGUUUAGACCAGAGAUCAAACUGCUUUCACCAAAACAAAAGAAACUCACACAGUCACUGACACUGAGAGGAGAAAUGGCACAGAAAGGAGUUCAGCUGGACCGAGAAACCUUCUCUUGUUCCAUCUGUUUGGAUCUACUGAAGGAUCCGGUGACUACAGCCUGUGGACACAGCUACUGCAGGAACUGUAUUAAAAGUUUCUGGGAUGAAGAGGACAGGAAGGGAAUCCACAGCUGCCCUCAGUGCAGGAAGACUUUCACACCGAGGCCUGUCCUGGAGAAAAACAUCAUGUUAGCAGCUUUAGUGGAGCAGCUGAAGAAGACUGGACUCCAAGCUGCUCCAGCUGAUCACUGCUAUGCUGGACCUGAAGAUGUGGCCUGUGAUUUCUGCGCUGGGAGGAAGCUGAAAGCCAUCAAGUCCUGUUUAGUCUGUCUGGCCUCUUACUGUGAGAAACACCUCCAACCUCACUAUGAUGCAGCUCCAUUAAAGAAACACAAACUGGUGGCCCCCUCCAAGAAGCUCCAGGAGAACAUCUGCUCUCGUCAUGAUGAGGUGAUGAAGAUUUUCUGUCGUACUGAUCAGCAGAGUAUCUGUUAUCUCUGCACAGUGGAUGAACAUAAAGGCCAUGAAACAGUCCCAGCUGCAGCAGAAAGGACUGAGAAGCAGAAGGAGCUCGAGGUGAGACGACUAAACAUCCAGCAGAGAAUCCAGGAGCGAGAGAAAGAUGUGAAGCUGCUUCAACAGGAGGUGGAGGCCAUCAAUGGCUCUGCUGAUAAAGCAGUGGAGGACAGUGAGAAGAUGUUCACUGAGCUGAUCCGUCUCAUCCAGAAAAGAAGCUCUGAUGUGAAGCAGCAGGUCAGAUCCCAGCAGGAAACUGAAGUGAGUCGAGUCAAAGAGCUUCAGGAGAAGCUGGAGCAGGAGAUCGCUGAGCUGAAGAGGAAAGACGGCGAGCUGGAGCAGCUCUCACACACAGAGGAUCACAACCAGUUUCUACACAACUACCCCUCACUGUCAGCACUCAGUGAGUCUACACACUCAUCCAGCAUCAAUAUUCGUCCUCUGAGCUACUUUGAGGAUGUGACAGCAGCUGUGUCAGAGACCAGAGAUAUACUACAGGACAUUCUGAGAGAGGAAUGGACAAACAUCUCACUGACAGUCACUGAAGAGGAUGUUUUACUGUCACCACCAGAGCCAAAGACCAGAGCUGGAUUCUUAAAAUAUGCAUGUGAAAUCACACUGGAUCCAAACACAGCAAACACACAUCUGUUAUUAUCUGAUGGGAACAGAAAAGUAACAUUUAUGAAACAACAACAGUCUUAUUCUGAUCAUCCAGACAGAUUCACUGGAUGGUGUUUUCAGGUCCUGAGUAGAGAGAGUCUGACUGGACGUUGUUACUGGGAGGUGGAGUGGAGAGGGGGAGGAGUUUGUGUAGCAGUCGCAUACAAGAAUAUCAGCAGAAAAACUGGCCUAAAUGAAUGUUUUUUUGGAUACAAUGACAAAUCUUGGGCAUUACGUUGUGACACAAGCAGUUACAAAUUUUGGCACAACAAAGUCCAAACUGUCCUCUCAGGUCCUCGGUCCUCCAGAGUAGGAGUGUACCUGGAUCACAGAGCAGGUAUUCUGUCUUUCUACAGCGUCUCUGAAACCAUGACUCUCCUCCACAGAGUCCAGACCACAUUCACUCAGCCGCUCUAUGCCGGAAUUUUUCUUUGGUUUGAUGGAGACACUGCAGAGUUGAUUAAAGUCAAAUAGAGAAGACAGGUUCAUGUUGAUCCCUGACCAUUAUAUGUACUUGUGCAGUUUCUAAAUGAGGCUUUACAUUUUAGAAGCUGAGAAGUUCAGUGGUCCAUUGAUGUGUGAAAAUAAUAUUGCACUGAUUCAAACUGUACUUACAUUUAUAUACCUUACAUCAAUAUAAAUCUGAAUUUGUUCUUAUGGCUGAUAAUCAUGUGAGUUUAAAUGAUACUACUCUUCAUAUUCAGCAUGUUUGAAAUCUUUCAUCAGUCUGGUUAGUGGUUUUAUUCUGUAGUUGCUGUAGUGGGUUGUCAAAUGCAACAAUAUAUUGGAGCUGCAGUGAUUCAUCAGUUAGUCAAUGAUUAGAGAAUUGAUUGUUUUAUAAUUAUUUUAGUCACAUUUAAAGCUGGUUCCAGUUUCUGAAAUGUGAAGAUUGUUGAUUUUCUUGAUCAUAUCUGACUGUAAACUUAAUGUCUUUUAGGUUUGAACCUUUAAAAUGUAACAAAAAAUGAAUCUUUGAGGUUUUUAUAUUGUUAUUAUUGUAUCUACAGUGAUGACAUUUAAUGUCAUUUUUCAGAUGUAAAGUUUGAUCACACUCGAUCAUUUAUAAACGUAAGUAAAAAACCUAAAUAACACAGGCCUGUAUAUUGUGGAGGAUAGACAUGUUUCAUUGCCCUGAGCUGUGUCUGGCAGGCAGAGCGUCUCCACAAAUCUGAUGCUUCUGAUUUGGAGAAAAUGAGCUGAGGGAGACACCUGGUGGACAAACACAGACAUGACAGGAAGAAAGACUAAAGUGCAGAGUGGAGACAAACAGCUGGAAAUACUUGUUGGAAAGGAUUGUCAUGCUUCAGAAAAACACACAGCACACACUCUAAGUCAUUUAUUUGCACUGAAGGAGACACGUGACAAAACCAAAUCACACAGUAAUGAAGUGAAAACAUUUAUAGCCAGUGUUCAAGAUGAUGGAUAGAAAUGAAAAUCAUGGAGCAUUUAUGCUUUUUAGGUCUGUUUCUUACAGCAGAAGCAGCAUUUACAUGAACUCACUGGCCUUUUUCCACUGAACGCUCUCUUCUUCAUCAACUCAUCUUCCUAAAAAGUGGAUCUACCAACAGUUUAUUUCUUUGUUAUUGUGAUUAAAAUGUCAAACAAAUAUAUUUUCCACUUUUUGUGUGACAGAUGCAGGAAUUUCUCUGUCCUGCAUGUGGAGAAAUCUGCUGUUAAAUCAGAACAUUAACAGGUUUCAGGUUGUAUUCAAACACAUAUUACUGUGUAUCAUGUGUCAGCAGGCAUGUGUUAACAGGGAUUAUAAGACACUUUAGUGGCUUUAAUGCAUAUUUAUAUGUUUAACAUAUUUCUGUUUGUUCAUAUAUAAAAACAUGUGUUUUUUGUCUGUUUAUCUUUGACCUUGUAAUUAGUUCCUACAGUGAAUUCACCAUGUAAAUCUCUAAUAAAGUGGGAACAAUGA